AUGAAGUUAAUGUUCUUUCCGGUGACGAUGAUCGAAGAAUUUCCACAUGUGUUACUGUAUUAUAAUUUCCUUCGUAAGAAGGAUCGUUAUUUUCUAUCUCCAUACGAAGUCGAAAUUUCAACACAUGGCUCUCAAAGAACUAUAUCUCCAACCUCGGCGUCGACUGGUUCGACUACAACAGAAAUAAGUUUAUCACCAAUAGAGGAAGAAGAAGAAAACUCUUCUCGACGGGCAUUCUCUUGUUCAUCAGUAUCGACGACGGCGACGACAAACUCCAGUGAUCCACUCUUAACACUGAUCGAACAACGGUUGGAUUUCAAACAUCGUUGUAUGUUCUAUUCAACUGGUCCAGGAUCCGAUUUAUGUGUGUGCGCUCUCGAUGUUGAUUUCAAUUCUUCUGUUGUUUGCAAUGCCAUUGGUUACUCAAAUCUGUUAACCUAUGAUGAGUCAACAGUUGAGAAAUCUGUUGAAAAUACCGAAGCGAACAAUAGUAGCAGUACUGUCAAACGAACACCAACCAAAUAUGCUCAUAAGAUGCGUCCUCAACAUCGACAGUAUAUACAUCAAUGGAUUUGUAUUCGCGACGUAGUUGAUGGUUUAAUAACUUGUAAUCAUGUAUUGAAAAAUAAGAAUCUUAUGGAGAUUUUCUCAAAAAUGGAUCUUUGGGUUAAACAACGCAAUGAACCAAAGUCAAUUGAGUUAAAGCCAACAAAGUCUGAAUCGUCGGAAAUGACAACCGCAAAUAUUAAAUUAUUUAAAGCACGUACUCGGCAACUUGUUUGGGAUUUGUUGGAAAUUAAAAACGAAGUACGCUUUCCACGUCCAGUUCAUGGUCGCAUACCGAAUUUUCGUUAUUGUGAAAUAGCUGCCGAAAAUGUCACUAAUCUAGAAUGUUUUAAACGAGCACGAGUCAUUAAAAUCAAUCCAUCACUUGCUCAGGAACCUCUUCGUUAUUUAACAUUAUUCUAUAACAAAGUCCUUCUCACUCCAACACCUUCACUUGAUUCGGCAUUGUUUUAUAAAUUAGAACCGACAUUUCUACGUCGUAAUCAAAUUGAAUGGGCCGCGACGAAAACUGGCGCAGCAGAAUUAGGUUCUGUCAUACAAUUACAAGCAUUAAAACAAAUUCAUGUCGAUCUUGUUGUCGUUUCAUCCGUGGCAAUUAAUCCAAUAACAGGUGCUCGGAUUGGAAAAGGUAAAGGUUACGCUGACUUAGAAUACGCAAUUAUGUCUCAAAUGGGUUGUGUAUCAGACAAAACUGUUGUUAUCACAACAUGCCAUGAAAAUCAACUGAUCAACGAUAUUCCCAAUCAUAUUAUGGAGCAGCAUGAUCUACCUGUUGAUAUUAUUGUCACACCCAAACGAUAUAUUUAUACAAAACGUUUAUUUCAACGACCGACACGUAUCUAUUGGAAUACACUCGAACCGAAUAUGAUGAUAAGUAUUCCCGUUUUGCAAGAAUUAAAACGUCUUGAAGAACAAAAUAUAAUCAAAUCUCAAUGA